UCAUGUUCGCAAGUACAUAUGUCAGUGUGGACACAAUUUUUUUGCAGAAAAGCAAUAUUUGAAAAAAACACGGGAUGACCAGAUGCAGAAAGCAGGAAAUAUAGCCAGUAAAAAUGGCAAUCUUUGGCGGGCCUUUGAUGCAAUUCAAAAACAGAGUUGCAAGAUAAGAGGAGGGGGCUAUGCAAUUGCAACGCUUUAUUAUAAAGAAUGUCCCACUAGAAAUAUCAAGGGCAUUAUAUCAGGAAGUGCUCUGGAAGCAGAUGACAAGGCUCUACUCAUAGAUGUAUUCUGUAAGGUGGCCAAAUCUUCAAAGAAUAAAGAAAAUGAACAAAAAGAAGACGAACAAAAAGGAGAGAAACAGUCAUCUGUCUUAAAUAAGUCUGUUGCACCUUCCCGGAACGAUGAUGAGAGUAAACGCCCUCAAGUGAAACUUACAGAAGACGUGGAAGUGAAAUAUAUAAUUGAAGAAGACCCACUUGUAAUCAAAGAAGAACCAUAUGCAACUGAAGAAGAACUGCUUGUAAUCGAAGCAGAACCAUUUGUAAUUAAAGAAGAACCAUUUGUGAUUAAAGAAGAACCUCAUGUAAUUAAAGAAGAACCCAUCUAAAAGAGUAAGCUUAAGUAACCUACAUUAUAUAAGGUUUUCAUAGAAAAGUGACUAGGUAAUACCACUGUGUUGUUUUAAAAUAAUUAUACCCAAAUGUUAGUAGAAUUAAUACUUAAUUUUUUUUGUAUUUUCAUAGAUAUGUAUGAUUGUAACUCAAAUUAUUAAACAGAAAAACAGUUAUAUGCUUUUUUUCUUACCAGCAAAUGAAUAAAUCUUAAUAAUUGGU